GACUGCCAUAUUGAACGUGCUCAUCAUAUGUAUAUUGCUUGCUUGCUUUCCUGAUUUGAUGCCGCCCAUCCUUCACUUUGCUUAAGUCUGCAUCGCGAUAGGAGUUGAGCCCCACAAGAAAAAGCCUUGACGAAUCUAUCUUUCAACUCGAUUAUAUCAAGCCAUCUGGUAAAGCAUCUACGACAUUGCUCGUACUUAGGUCGUCAGUCCAUCCACCAGCUCAUUGAGAAUUGAAUAGAGGAUGGCCGACCCAUCAACAUGUCCGCCCCUGAUCCCUUCAUCAAUCGCCACCGCGUACCAGAAAAUCACGCCGUACAUACACAAAACACCCGUGAUAACCUCCAGUAGUCUCGAUGCUAUUGCCUCAUCACCCAAUCCUGCAGCGUUCUUGUCUGAGAAUCCGCCGACGUUUGAGGAGACUGCGGCCAGUGUCAACCGCGAGACGACGCCCAGGUUCAGGCUGCACUUCAAAUGUGAGAAUUUUCAGAGGAUCGGGGCGUUCAAGGCGAGGGGCGGGUUUCACGCCGUUACGAGGUUGAUUGAUGAGAUGGGGGUUGAAGAGGUUAGGAGACGGGGAGUCGUCACGCAUAGUAGUGGAAACCACGCACAAGCACUCGCCCUAGCGGCCUCAACAUUCAAUAUCCCGUCGUACAUCGUGAUGCCGAAGAUCAGCACGCCCUCGAAAAUCGCGGGCACGAAACUAUAUACUUCGAACGUGAUCUUUUCUGGUUCGACGUCUCAGGAACGAGAGGCCGUUGUAGCAGAUGUGAUCGAAGAGCACGGCGCGAUUCUGGUCCCGCCAUAUGAUCACCCUGAUAUCAUUCUGGGACAGGGCACUGUUGGUUUAGAGCUUGAGGAGCAGAUCGGGAACAGCAAGCUUGACGCAGUGAUGACGCCUCUUGGUGGAGGUGGGUUGUUAUCUGGUGUUGCGACGUGGUUCAGUGAUAAAGAGACGUUAGUCUUUGGUGCGGAACCGAGUUUUCAGGGCGGAGAUGAUGGACGGCGCGGACUGCUUGAGGGGAAGAGGAUUGAGCAUGUUUCUACGUUGACUAUUGCUGAUGGACUUAGGACGCCUGUUGGAUUCAGGAAUUGGGAAGUUCUGAGUGAUAGACGGAAAUUGGAGGGUGUGUUUGCCGUGAGCGAGGAGCAGAUUAAGAUGGCGAUGAGGUUGGUGUUGGAGAGGCUAAAAGUCGUGGUUGAACCGAGUGGGUGUGUGCCGUUGGCUGUUGUGCUGUUCAACCAGGAGUUUAGGGAGAUGGUUGCUCAAAAACAGAUUGGGAUGGAGAAGGAUGGGUGGGAUAUAGGGAUUGUGUUCAGUGGUGGGAAUACUACUGUCAAGGCUAUAUCGAAGUUGUUUGGCGAGGACGAGGCCGAGGAUGAUGGUAAGAGGGAGGCGGCAAAGGUUGCGAUGGAUGGAGGGACGAAGGUCGAGGAUGUUGCUGGGUAGAUAGAUGAGGUCGAUCCGUACUGCCUAUGGUAAAGAAAGUGAGGCCGGGGAAUAGAUGAGAAGGAUAUUCUGAACUUGAGCAGUGAGACUGGAGAUAUGAGAGUCUAGACGACAGGUUCAGCAGAGGCCCUGACAAUGACGUGCAGCUUCAACCAGCGAUUGAUUGUUCUAGGGUGUCGUUUGAUCUCGAUAAUGUUGGCUAUCAUGGACAACAAGGCUGUGAUCGAGCGGGGGAAACUCCAUUCGAGGCUAGUUUCCGCUCUCAACCCAAUUCUCGUCCGCGUUACACCGCCAAGCACCGCCCAUCCAAGCCAAGCUUUUUGCUCUACCAUACCGAAAAAAACGAAAAAAAGAAGACCGAAAACGGUAAA